CUCGCGACUCGAGGCAUCUCGGCAACUCCGUUUCAUCAGCUCCACCGUCCACCAGGCUGCCACAAUCGAUCCCGACCGAUCUUCUCGGAUAAUCGCCGCUGACACGACCCCGACUGCCACCCACGAGACCGCUCCGAAAAGUGCAACAGGUUCGAGAUGGAUAAAUGGCAAGGUCGAAAUGCGAUGAUCACCGGCGCAAAUUCUGGGAUCGGCGCAGCCGUCACUCGCAAACUCCUCAAGUUGGGGCUCAAUGUCAUCGGUGUUGACAAAAACACAGAUAUGCUGCAGGAGAUGAAAGAUGACAUAAAAUCAGCCGGAGAAUUGUAUCCACGCAGUGUAGAGCUGCAGAACGAAGAGGAGAUCAUGGAGGCAUUCAGAUGGACAGAAGAAACACUCGGCGGUGUUGACGUUAUGAUCAACUGUGCAGGUGUCGGAGGAAGGGCAAGUUUACUAGAUGGUACUGUCGACGAAUGGAAGAAACUGAUGGAUGUGAAUGUAAUCGCACUGAGCAUUUGUACCAAAGAAGCUAUCGAUUCCAUGAGGAAACGAAACGUAGAUGGACAUAUCAUUCACCUAAGCAGCUUCACAGCCCACCACGUCCCGAACUUUGCGCCUCUCCACUUUUAUUGUGCAACGAAGCACGCUGUCAGAGCUUUGACCGAAGGCCUUCGCCAGGAGCUGAAAGCCAUUAACAGCCCCAUCAAAGUGACCUGUUUGAGCCCCGGUUUGGUGAAGUCGGCGAUAUUCAAAUCAUCGUUGGGCUACGACUUCGACGAGUUCUUGUACAGUUCUCGACCUUGCAUACAACCGGAGGAUGUUGCGUCGACGAUAGAGUUCGUCUUGAGUACCCCGCCACAUGUUCAAAUUCAAGACAUAAUAGUCAAACCAUUGGGAUCAGAUGUCUGAAAUGAGCUCUUUGGAAACUUUCUUCUUGCAUGUGAUCAAUUUUCAUGCUGUUGAAGCUGCUGAGACUCGAGGUUGUGUGCGUUUAUGAUGAAUGACCAUCCGAUGUUAUUCCAUGACUUUAGUAUGAGAACGGAAAAAUAGGUAUUUGGAAAGAAACCGUGGUCUUUUUAAACGCAACCGUUCUUGCGUGGAGUCUAUUGUUUCGUCCAGCUCCGUAAGACUUUUGAUAAACGAUGAACCAGUGAAAAAUUCCCUCCGUGUCUCGUGGCGUGCUUUGCGACUAAUCGAUUGAUCCGCCAAUUAAACUUGUGGAAAAAGGUCGAUAAACAGAGUGUUCGAAACGAACAUCUUAGUAAUUGAUUCCUUGCCUUAGCUUCAAAUAUAGGAAUAUCGAAAAUCGAUUGUUUACGCCUCGCUACUGCAGUGUUUAUUUUCAUGGAAAGAAAAGAGGAGAGUGCAAAAUCGUGGCCCAAUCGGAGGAUCCAGGUUUCCCGAACUGACCCCCAUUACUUUUAGGAUUAUUUUUGGGAAAAUAUUCCAAUUUCUAUGUUUAGAACUUUACAUAAAAGGCGUUCAGUCCCUUACACUCUCCUCCCCAACUUGAAUGCCGGAAACCGAGAUAUUUAUUUCUGCCGUUUCAACAUCAAUACAAGCACCUGAAAGUGGCAGCAGUUUAGUUAUUUUAGUACUGCCUCUUUUAUUUAUUAUAUCCCUGUAAUGCUAAUUAGUUUUAACGAUCUCUUAAUGUUCACAAAUGUUUUUGUAUAUAGUUAUAGGAAAACUCAUAGCUUAUUGAAUUUGGUGAAAUUUAUCAUCACUACGUUUAAAAGCGCGUGAAAUGGUUUCUGGAGCAAUCCUGUGCCUGCAUUUUGCCUGAUCGUUCACGGAAAAAUGUUCUCUCUUUAUGAUGUAAGUUUAUUUUUUUAUUGAGCGAUUGUUCGCCUCAUUGAUAAGGCUUGUAAUUCUAAAUUUAUUGUUUUAUGUAUAUCUGUGUACAAAAUGUUAGUAAUUAUGUUCGAAAAUAUACUCCUAUGAUUAUA